AUGGUGGUUUCCUGGAAGCAUCACCGUGUCCUCCAGCAGCCAACGAUGGGCACUAUGCUUCACUACACUGUGACUGGUGCGUUCAUCAGCACCGCCAUCGCUAUUGGCGUGACAUUCGUCAUCAUCUUCGACAUCAUUAGUGACAUCAACGAAUUCCAGAGGGAUAUCGAAAAAGAUCUUGAUCAAUUCAAGCACAUAGCCAACGACGCCUGGAAGACAAUGGUGGGAGGUCAGCAGAACGAAGUCUUCAACUCAGCUAGGAUCCGAAGAGGUGGCAGCUACAGCCAAGGCGCUGGUGGUGGAGGUCCUCCCGGUCUACCUGGAAUGCCGGGAGAGGAUGGCCAGCCAGGUCUUCCUGGAAGAGCAGGAGGAGCCGGCGUGGCAGUGGAGGGAGGUCACGGCGGAGGUUGCAUUUCGUGCCCAGCUGGACCUCCAGGUGCACCCGGACCAGAUGGAGCUCCUGGUCCAGCUGGAGCCCCAGGAAAUCCAGGAGCAGACGGAGAAGGGAUGGAAGGAGGUAUGGCCGGGCCACCUGGUCCUCCUGGAGCACCUGGACGCGAUGGACAACCUGGCAGCCCAGGACAAGAUGGAGCCCCGGGAGCACCAGGAACGAGAUCUUCCGGACUUCCAGGACCUGCAGGAGCACCCGGGCCAGCAGGUCCACCUGGUAUGCCAGGGCAAGACGGUGGUCACUCUGGUACAGGAGGCCCCGGACCUGCAGGACCCCCUGGUGCUCCUGGCAACGACGGAGCACCAGGAGCACCGGGAGCUCCUGGAAUGCCUGGUGGCAGUGGAUCGCCAGGAUCAGAUGCAGCGUACUGUCCAUGUCCUGCACGUGCUGGAGGUGGUGGCGGUAACUACGGCACCUCCAGUUCAUACUCUGCAGGAGCAAAACCCGCAAUGGCAGUAAGCCGACCAGUCUCCACUGGCGGAAAAUCGUAUUCAACUGGCGCAAAAUCGUAUUCAACUGGAGGAAGAGCGACUAGAGGUGGCAACAACGGCGGAGCUCGAAGUGGCGGUCAGACAGGCUCCCACAACGAAGGUCGUUUCUAA